CAGGGGGUGGGUGCAUUAGUCCGUGUCAGACAGCAAAGAGUGCGGCAGUUAUCUAGGAAUCUAAGCCAAAGCAACCUCACUAACACUGAGAGAGCAAGAGAAAGCGGAGGACCGGGAGAUGAACUGAGGGGGGGGGGAGCAAAGAAGAAGAGGAUAAAAAAGAAGCACAAAGAGUAGAAAACAAGACACACGAGGACAACAAUAGAAAGAUCUAAACAAAAAGGACAGGAACGCAAACACUUUUCACCUGAUUAGGCAGUUAUUGAGAUAUUAAGGAAAGGGAAAGUUUGCUGAGAAUCAUCAACAACAAAAGGACAAAUAAACUUACAGCUCGGAGGAAGGAGGCUCUCCUCCUGGAGGAACAGCGGACCACCUGUCAAGAGUUUAAGACAAAGGUCAGGACAAGCCUGCAUUUCUGCUUAUUCCCAUGAUUCCAUUUGGUUCUCUCGGUUUGCUCCCUCUGCUGUCAUUGUAUGUGGCAGCACUGCUGUCCUCAGAUGCAUCUCCGGCCUGCGCACAGCCUCCCUGCAGGGACAGUCUGGUGGCUGCACCCAUCCAGCCUGGGACGGGGGCAGGAGUGGGUACCGGGGCCUGUGAGGGUCAAACUGGGACAACAGCCUGCAGGAUGGGGGUUUCAUUUCCAGUCAUCUCAGAUGUUCCUCGGAGGGUGGAGCACAGGCAUGAUCUCCCCCAGCUUCAGUCUAAGACUGGAGGUGUCAAAGAGCGUCUCGUUCAGCUACAGCGCUGCAUGCGCUCUCUCCAGGAAACAGGGGGGCCAUGGAGUCACGGGGGCCAGGAGAGCAACUCUCUAGGGGCCAUCCUUGCACUAAUGGCAGCUGUACUGACAGAGUGUGACCUCCACUGUCACAGCCAGGCCCUUGGAGCAAUGGCCAAACGACUGGAGAGUGCAGCGGUGGGAAGAGAGGGGGAGAAAGACCUGCUGCUUUUCCUGAAGAGCAUCACACAAUAUCCACCCACAGUCGCACCCUUGGAGAGGUUACAUCCUCAGGACUGUGCCGAGAUUUACAGGCUCGGGAUCAAAGAGAAUGGAAUCUACACCAUCCAGCCUGACCUGGGCAGGCCGGCAUUGGAGGCUAAAUGUGACAUGGAGACGGCGGGUGGAGGGUGGACGGUGAUCCAGAAUCGGCAGGACGGCUCACUGGACUUUAACAGGACAUGGCAGGAAUACCGGGAGGGCUUUGGCAGUCCACAGGGAGAGCUCUGGCUGGGGAACGCAGCACUGUACGGCCUCACAUCCACUGGCCAACACCAGCUCCGCAUCGAGCUGGAGGACUGGCACCAGCAGAAGCGCCAUGCUACCUACAACAACUUCAAAGUGGCCUCAGAGGCACAGAGGUAUCGUCUAACAGCGCGGGAGUACUCUGGUGAUGCAGGCAAUGCAUUGAGCUACAGCAAACGUUACAACCACGAUGGCAGAUCUUUCAGCACUGCUGACCGAGACCACGACCGUUACGCAGCUGGAAACUGUGGUCAGUACUACGGUGCAGGCUGGUGGUUUGAUGCCUGCCUGGCAGCAAACCUGAAUGGACAGUAUUACCGUGGGCGCUACAGUGGGGUGACCAACGGUAUCUACUGGGGGACAUGGUACAUCCUGACAGACGGACGAACCGGAGAACGCUACUCCUUCAAGAGGGUGGAGAUGAAGACAAGACCCAGGAACUUUGUAGGAACAUCCUAAAGAUGACGAUAACAAUUCCCACAGGAACAUGUGUUAGAUUACAAUAAUAAUCACACCAAACACAGUUUUGCAUUGGCUUUCUAUUUGUUGGAUGUUUUAGUCACUGUGUGGACAUCACUCUACUUAGAGCAGCUUUCAUGUCACUUACCAGCUACAUGCAGAUGGCAGCUAAUAGAUUAAAGAAAAAAAUAUACAACAUAUAAUGUCUAAACUUUCACUUGCACAUCAUAUUACAACAUUAUUUUGUUUAUUAAGGGCUUCUCUCUUGCAAAACCACAUUUAUACCGUUACUCCAGUGAAACAAAGAAAUAGAUAUUGAAAAUAUUGUUUGUAAAAGUUGUUGUUGCAUUAAAUUUCCAGAAUCUUUAUUGUGCAUUAAAAAUAACAUUCUGCGGUACUGUAGUUAAUUACCAGGAUGCCUGGUGAGGCAUUUGUCUACAUCCAAUUAUUGUUUACAUGUAAAGGAUGAUUUCAUUGUAAUGCCACACAUUCACAUACAACAUGAUAAAGAUUAAACUGAUCCUACAAGAA